UUCUCUGCACUUCCUGCAGUCACAAUAUUUACCGCCAGGAAUGCACAGACUUGUUUGGCUGAGAGCUAUCACGUGGUGUGGCUUAACUGUCAUGCAAUUGGUCUGUCCUUUUCCGUACACACUAAGACGCUACCGUGAAGUCUAUAAAAGCGACGCAAGUUAAAAUAAAAGCGCCCGUCAAGUUUUAAAUAUUACCCCUUUGGUUUUCUGUAGGUAUGGGUCCGGAUGGGACAGCUUCUGGGUCCAGCCCCGGACCGCGGUCCGCCAGUUAAUGACCUCUGUCCUAUAAGCUGGGCAUGUAUGUUCUCUGAUGGUCAGCAGUUUCCUUUUGGAUAUGUACGGGUUCUCUCUGGUGCUUUUGGAUUUGUUCCAGAGGAACUUCAGAAGAACCCCAGUGAGCUCCGAUGAUCCACAGCUCUAACAGUUCUAUCUCUCAGUCAGACAGACAGGCAGGCCCAGUUAUGCAGCUCUUAUGAAACAGCAGAUGUAGGUGAGACUGAUCUGAGCUGCCUGCACGUCUGAGCGUAAGAUUAAGACCGAGUGUUUGUUUCUUACCUGCUGCAGAAACUGCAGCUUCAGCAGCUCCAGCCCACACCGGGUCACCGUCCAGAGAACGUGGAGUGUGUUGUUUUCAGCUUCAUUAUUCAGAAGCAGCUGGUACUGGUGGGUGGUACUCACUGGAAACUGUGUGGUGGUCCUGAAAGGUCAGAGAUGAGAUGUUCCUAAAUGUCAGCAGGUGUAACCUGCUUCCAAAGACAAAAUAAUCUCAAAUAAAAAUCUUAAAUCAGUCAGUUUUUCUCCUUCCUGAAGGGAACUUUGGCAGCGGCUUGUCCUCCAGUCGAUCCUCUGCUGUAUUUCCCAGUUCAGUCUGAGUCAUACAGCAGAAUCAAAGAAGUUCUGGAUUUCUAAAUGUGUCAAAAUGUUCUCCGACCUGCUAAAUAACUCAUUAAUAAUGUCAGCAGAUGAUGUUUCCUACAAACAGCAACACAGACUAGUAAAGUAUUGUUAAACUUGGACUGGGACAGGAAUACUCCUACAAGGUCAAAGGUCAAGCUGCUCUUCAGCCAGAUUCGUCAUAAAAUAAUGGGCAGCCGGAGAACGCGUGUUUGUGAAGUCGAAGCCAAAUUCUGACUUUAAACCAGGCAGACCCGGACUGAAGUGGAUGACUUGUAACGGGUUUUGAAUUGGACUUUUUUUCUGUGUAGGACACGGUGGUGACUGUAAGAACUCUGUCUGUAAAUAUUAGACACAAAAAACAUUGGAAACAUUAGAGAAGUUAUGUUAACGUGCAGGUAAUUGUAACUGUAAAUUAGAUUCAUAUUUUUAUAUAAUAAAAAAACAGGAAUAAAUAAAUGAUGCACCUUUGUGUUGUUAAAGGGUCCCUUGCUUUAUGUUUAAUCGUGAUUCAUUGUAAUAAUUUUCUGUGUGUUUCAGGCCAUCUCAACUUGUUUCCAUAUACAUUGUGUUUAUUCCUGAAAAGAUGGUGGAGAUUAAAACUUUUAUCAUCAGGCUGAUUUUAAAAAGAUAAAGCUGUAAAUCUGAUUUUUCUAGUUUAUUGUCUAAAUGUAGCUGAAUGUGUCGUCUGUGCAACAACAUGGAAACAUCUGAGCAUCUCCUACAAGUCAAAUCCAGACUCUUUUCUCUCUGCUUCAUCUGUCUUCAGUGUCUCAUCUGGCCUACAGUGAAUCAUCUCUGGAUGUUUUUUAUCUGAUGAUCCCCAGACAGAAGACCAGGAAACGGGGCGGAGCUCCAGGCGGCCGUGGCCUACUUCUGUCACUGUCCCAAUCAAUAGAGAUGAUCGGAGAAGAAGUCAAUCCCCCUGUGCUGCUGAGAUCUGAUUGGCUGAGGCUGCAGGCACCGCCCUCCUGAUGAGAGGACAUACAGAUAAAUAAGAGUUCAGACUCUAGAGCUCCACAUGUGGCUUUUUCCUGCCUGGACGCUCAGCUCUGUUCCAUCUGUCUGCAGAUCCGUCAGUCAGCUGUGUAGCGCCGCCGCAGAGAUCUGGACCAGGUUCAGGAUGGAGCUGAAGAACUUUGGUCUGGUGGCCGACUAUCACUUCUUCGGUCCACGAAGCCUCCUGCAUUCCUCCUCCUCAGCUGAUGAAGCUCAGUCUCCCUCCUCCUUCUUCCAGUGCUCCCCCCUCAGUCCCUCCUUCUCACUGGACGCUGCUCCUCUCAGCCCCUCACAGCCAGCCUUCCUGCUCUCCAGCCCAGCCUCCUCCUCCUCCAGCCUCCUCUGUGGAGAUCCGACUCCUGACUCUCCAGUGGGAUGCAGCUCCAGCAGAGGGAGCGUUGGAGGCAGCUCGCUGUGUUUUUCAGAGCCUCAGUCAGACUCUUUUUCAGGAAAGGUGGACUCCAUCCUCCGAGGAGACUACCGGACUCCCAUGGGCACCGUGGGGCCCAAAAGGCUGUGUCUGGUCUGUGGAGACUUUGCUUCUGGUUAUCAUUACGGCGUGGCGUCCUGUGAGGCCUGCAAGGCCUUCUUCAAGAGGACCAUUCAAGGCAACAUAGAGUACAGCUGCCCGGUGAUGAACGAGUGUGAGAUCACAAAGCGGAGGAGGAAAGCCUGCCAGGCGUGCCGCUUCCGGAAGUGUCUGCAGGCCGGAAUGAUGCGAGAAGGGGUGCGUUUGGACCGGGUCAGAGGGGGCCGGCAGAAAUACAAGAGACGAAUGGAGACAGUGGGGAUUUUCUGCAGCAAAGCUCCGUAUGGCCUCCCUGUGAGCUCCAAGAACCAGCUGAUCUCCCACUUGCUGCUGACAGAGCCCGCCCCACUGGCAGCCAAUCAGGAUGACUCAAGCGACGAUAGCAGCCUGCAGACCCUCCUGACCCUCUGUGACCUUCUGAACCGGGAGCUCUUGGUUCUGAUCGGCUGGGCCAAGCAGAUCCCAGGUUUCUCUGAGCUCUCAUUGGUGGAUCAGAUGUCGCUGCUGCAAAGCGGCUGGAUGGAGGCGCUGCUGGUGGGCGUGGCCUGGCGCUCACAGGGCAGGGAGGGGGAGGAGCUUGUUUUUGCCGGGAACUUGCGUCUGGACGACGCCCAAUGCCGGGCUGCUGGAUUGACUGAUUUGUACGAGGAGGUGCGCCACCUGGCGGCCAGGUACCGGGCGAUGAAGAUGAGUCCCGAGGAGGCGGUGACGCUGAAGGCCAUGGCGCUCGCCAACUCCGAUGCCGACCCACUGGACUGUCCGGACUCUCUGCAGAGGUUCCAGGACGGCCUCCAUGAGGCCCUGCAGGACUAUGAGUGUUCCCGUGGGGAGCAGCACCGGGCGGGCCGCCUGCUGAUGAGCCUCCCUCUGCUCCGACAGACCGCCGACCGAGCCGUACAGGCCUUCCUGCGGCUGCACCGCCAGCGCAGCGUCCCGAUCCAUAAACUGCUGCUGGAGAUGCUGGACGCCAAAACCUGAGGAGCAUUUCCUCUCUGCUGUUGCACAAAGAGACUGGGAACAUAACAUCAUAUCUGACUAUUCUCAAACUAUUCUGGUUUACGACAGAAGAUUCCUGCUUAUACUGCAGGUUUUCAUGAAAGCUUCCAAGAGGUCAUCCAGGUCAGAUAAACCAUCUUAUCCAACUUUCCGGGUCAAAAGAGGGAAAAACAGCAGAACAUCUGUGACCCAAAUGCCAGAAACCAGCUGAAGGAAACAGGAUUUCCAGCAGUUUUCCCAAAGAUGGAAUGAUGAAGUUAGUAUGGACAAAAUAAAAAUGCUGAAUCCACAUUUUUCCACCAAUGUUUUAAUCAAUGAAUCAAUAGAUGAUAUCAGAACCAGUUCUUCUGUAAGCCCCACCUUCUUUGGACAUUUCUUGCUCAGGGUUUGGCCCGGUAGAAACCGAGGAGGGAGUAUCAUCAUGUGUGUUUCCUGUUGGGACGUUUUUAUGUAUUUUUCUAACAGAUGUUUUUGUGUAAAGUUUUUCUAAUUAAAUCUGAGUUAAUGUGAGACCAUGUGGAGGUUUCCUCAGCUGCUCGUUAGGAGUCGACAUUUUCUCAGGUUGAAAUAAAUCCAAACCUUUUACAACAAA